UAGAUGAUGAUUACAGAAACAACAUCCUUCAUGUGACCUGUAUUGGAGGACAUGUGCACAUGGUGAAGUAUGUCCUCUCACAGAAGGUUGCAAACAUCAACAAUAGGGGUCAGUACGGGAGGACACCCGUUAUGAUGACGGCAGAGAAAGGACACCGAGAAGUGUUUGACGUACUUGUGAGAGAAGGAGCUGAUGUAUCAUUAGUGGAUGAUAACAGAAACAACAUCCUUCAUGUGGUCUGUAUUGGAGGACACGUGGACAUGGUAAAGUAUGUGCUCUCACUGAAGGUUGCAGACAUCAACAGUAGGGAUAAGUACGGGAGGACACCCGUGAUGAUGACGGCAGAGAAAGGACACCGAGAAGUGUUUGACGUACUUGUGAGAGAAGGAGCUGAUGUAUCAUUAGUGAAUGAUGACAGAAACAACAUCCUUCAUGUGGCCUGUAUUGGUGGACAUGUGGACAUAGUAAAGUAUGUCCUCUCACAGAAAGUUGCAAACAUCAACAGUAGGGGUCGGUACCGGAGGACACCCGUGAUGCUGGCAGCAGAAAUGGGACACAGAGAAGUGUUUGACUUACUUGUGAGAGAAGGAGCUGAUGUAUCAUUAGUGGAUGAUAACAGAAACAACAUCCUUCAUGUGGUCUGUAUUGGAGGACAUGUGGACAUGGUAAAGUAUGUCCUCUCACUGAAGGUUGCAGACAUCAACAGUAGGGGUAAGUACGGGAGGACACCCGUGAUUAAGGCAGCAGAAAUGGGACGUAGAGAAGUGUUUGACCUACUUGUGAGAGAAGGAGCUGAUGUAUCAUUAGUGAAUGAUGACAGAAACAACAUCCUUCAUGUGGCCUGUAUUGGAGGACAUGUGGACAUGGUAAAGUAUGUCCUCUCCCAGAGGGUUGCAGGCAUCAACAGUAGGGGUCAGUACGCGAGGACACCCGUGAUGCUGGCAGCAGAAAUAGGACACAGAGAAGUGUUUGACGUACUUGUGAAAGAAGGAGCUGAUGUAUCAUUAGUGGAUGAUAACGGAAACAACAUCCUUCAUGUGGCCUGUAUUGGAGGACAUGUGGACAUGGUGAAGUAUGUCCUCUCCCAGAAGGUUGCAGACAUCAACAGUCAGGGUCAGUACGGGAGGACACCCGUGAUGGUGGCUGCAAAGAGGGGGCACAGAGACGUUUUUGACUUACUUGUGAGUGGAGGAGCUGAUGUAUCAUUAGUUGAUGAUGACAGAAACAACAUCCUUCAUGUGGCCUGUAUUGGAGGACAUGUGGACAUGGUGGAACAUGUUCGCACACUAGAUUUAGUUGAUUUAAACGCGAAAAAUGUGCUUGGCCAAACAUCUGAAGACCUCCUUUCUUCAAGACAUUAUAGCAGUGAGGCCUAAUACAGAAGAAAUAGAGACAUUGCUGGUGUUAAGUAUUGUAGCUUCACUGACAUUUUCAAAAGAACGAAGAAGUGUUUGGCUAGUGGAUGAUAACAGAACCAACAUCCUUCUUGUGGCCUGUAUUGGAAGUCAUAAGGACAUGGCGCAACAUGUUCACACAUGCAAUCUGGUGUCCGUGAAAGA